AUGUCCGCUCCAGUGUCGUCCCAGUCGUCCCAUUUGAUGAAGACCACCCGUAGGGGGAGGCCAUUCGUCAAGGACACACACGACUUGUUUGCCACCAUGAUCGUGUCUCUGCGUCUCGAACCCCACCGCUCCUUCUUCAAAACGUACCCAAACAGCUUUACAACCGACGAAGCAUGUGUCAACCUCUCCUCGCUCAAGUUUUCCCAGUCCAACCGCUCCGCAGACCCCAAGGACCCAUCUCGCAUCAUCACCACGACAACCACUACUACCUUUACCAUGUCGCGCGAUAUGGCCCGGGGCGUUGGACAACACUUGAUGGAGGCCCACCUGGUUGAAAACGCCACAGACCUGAGCUCUAAAGUGUUCAAGGAUCGUGGCGUUUUCAUGCUCACCCCUAAAGGGUUGCACAUUCUUGAGCGUUUCAUUACCAAGAACGGCAUCUCUGCCGACCAUCUCCUCCGCGUGUUCGCCACCCAGCCCAUUUGCAUGAAGCUGCUCCACCUCGAGCGCCGAACCCAGGAUGACGAGAUUCUAAUUACCAAGUCGGUCAUCGAGGUCCUCUUCCGCCGCUUUGUGGGGCGGGAACCCAACGUCUCCCGUCUUAUGGAUGACGAGCUCAUGGCGCAGUACCACUCCCGUCCCCACGCCCGUGCCCCUCCUCUGCCACCAGGAGAGGAGUGUGACCGCACUCUUGGCGUCAUUGUGCGCCGCCUCCCCCCACCAGCGACGGACAAGAAGAGAGGUGACGAAUACCACUUUAGCGCCCUGCAGGCUGUCGACUGGAUGUGCGACUUCACCACUAUAAUCGGUGUUGACGAAGCUGCCGAGGUGCUCGGCCAGUUUGCCCGUUAUGGCUUCAUCUCAUUGGUGUCGGACAAGUCCAAGGUCAAGGAGAGCAAUGUCGUCGUCCAGGUUCGCGCUGGUGGUGCCGGUGGUGGUGCCGGUGCGCUUAUGCCUGAGGCCGAGUUCCGUGCCACAGACAAGGCUAUCUACCGCGUUACCAAGGAGGGUGUUCAGGUCGCCAAGUGGGACCAGCCACGCCAGGUUGUUGACCGCUCGACCCUUCAGUCCAACCGGGCUGCGUCCGAGUCGGUGCAGGACGUCCGUCCAGGCGCUGCCAACCCGACCAAGUCGCUGGCUUCUGCCACCGACAUGAGCUUGGCUCGUCGCACAUCGGUGUCUGACCGGCUGCGCGCCGAGUUCCUCGUGGAGGGUCAGGACGAGAAGGUCAAGGACUCGCACACUGCCCGUCUCAAGCAGAUUCUCGAGGAGCCCGCGCUGCGUUCCCUGUUCCGCGAGUUCCUUCGUGCAAACUUCUGCGAGGAGAACCUCAGCUUCUGGCUCGACGUGCAAGAUUUCAAGCGUCGUUUCAACACCUCGUCCUCUGCCGCGGCAGCGCCUGGUGCCCUGCCAACACAGAGUGGACAAGGCCUGCAGGCCAUGGAGAGGCAUCAGCAGGACCUGAUCUCCAUGGCUUUCGUCAUCUACAACACAUACCUUGCGCCCGCCUCGCCUUGUGAACUGAACAUUGAUCACCAACUGCGUGGCGAGCUCAUUUCGUACAUGAACGAGAUCCUGGAGGACAAGAACGCCGACAAGGCUGAGAUCCUCCCCGGCGUCGGCAACUCGCUCCACGCCAGCCAGCUCCAGAACAUGGUCUUCCUGUACGAGCGCAUCCAGACACACAUUUUCCGUCUCAUGGCCACCGACUCGGUGCCCAAGUUUGUCAAGACGGAGCGCUUCCUCAGCCUCAUGCGCUCUGUGUUCCAGUACAACGAGGACGGCGAGGAGCAGGCUACCAUGCCAGCGACUGCCGUCGACAAGGUCGCUCAGGCGGUCAAGCCGCAGGACAUUUCCCGGGCGUACUUGACUGUUUCUAACGCUGCCAACGAGAAGCACCACAUGACCGGCACCGGAAUGUAG